AUGGUUAUGCAUGCUGUGCUUAGCUAUAUUGGUAGAGUCGAAAUAAGUCCCAAGACAGAUCUCCUACAUCAUGAGCUGCUGAACUUCAUGCUCAUUAUCAUGUCUACACAGCUUCUUUCUGGUCCAUCACCUCGACCAAAUGAUGUUCACCCUUUCAUUGAUGCAACAAUGAGUGAGAACGGAAUUGAAAUCCUUCCACCCUACCCUAUAAAUAAUGAUAUCCUUCAAACAUGGAAUUUGAUGGAUUCCUAUGGAACUGAAUUCCCUCCAUAUUUGGCAACGAAACACUCCCUAAGAAUGCUAAUCGUUUCAUUUUCUUAUACCUUAUUGUCUGAAGAAAAUCAGCUUGGUGUUCUGAAAAGAGCUGGCUCAGCAACUGCAAAUAUAGUGCUAUUACCACUUAGUUACUUUGUGAAUUCAAGUGUGGAAGCUUCAAGAAGUCAACUGGCAGACAGCAGUAUCAAUAUACUACUUAUACUCAUUCAUUAUCGUAAAUGUAUUCUUGUGGAAUCUGUUAAGAACAUCAAUGCAAGUGUCACUUCUGAAUCUCUUCUGAAAGAUGAAACAUAUUUUGCUGAAAACCCGUAUUGCAAAGCCUUGGAAAAUGUUAAGGAUGUUGAGUUUGAUAGAGUGGAUAUCGAGGGAAAUGCACACAGUGGUCCACUUGUCAGAUUGGCUUUUGCUUCUCUCUUUGAUACACUUGGCAUGUGUUUGGCUGAUGAAACUGCUGUUUUGCUACUGUAUGCUUUGGUUCAUGGGAAUUCAGACUUUUUGGAAUAUGUGUUGGUGCGGACUGAUAUAGAUACAUUGUUAAUGCCUUUGUUGGAGACACUCUAUGAUGCUUCAAGGAGAACAUCAAAUCAAAUCUACAUGGUGUUGAUUAUUCUGCUUAUACUUAGUCAAGAUGCUUCUUUUAAUGCUAGCAUCCACAAGCUGAUUCUGCCUUCUGUUCCAUGGUAUCAAGAGCGGCUUCUUCAUCAAACAUCUCUUGGUUCUCUUAUGGUCAUCAUUCUAAUUAGGACAGUGAAGUAUAACAUGUCUAAAAUGCGGGAUUUUUGUCUACAUACAAAUUGCCUUGCAGCUUUAGCUAACGUGGCGCCUCAUGUGCAUCGAUUAAGUUCAUAUGCAUCACAAUGCCUUGUUAGCCUUUUUGAUAUGUUGUCACGCAAAUAUGCAAAACUAGCAGAGCUAAAGAAUGAUAAAAUGCAGAUAAAUGAUAGGGAACUCAAAGAUGAUGAUAAACUUCCUGAAGAUACGGUUGUAUUAUAUCCUAUAUGUUGUUUGUUUGUUGACCAAUCAGCAGAAUUCCAUAUCUCUACGGAUUUUUUGAGGAUCGUGUUGGAGAUACUGAAUGCAAUCCUGACUUACGCACUUCCAAGGAACCCAGAGGUGAUUUAUGCAAUUAUGCACAGGCAGGAGGUUUUUCAACCUUUCCGGAAUCAUCCACGCUUCAAUGAGUUGCUGGAGAACAUUUUUUCUGUGUUGGACUUCUUUAAUAGCCGAAUGAAUGCACAAAAGUUGGAUGGUGAAUGGUCAGUUGAGAAGGUGCUUCAAGUAAUCAACACAAACUGCAGAUUUUAUCGAGGAGAUGGGAUGAAGAUGUUCACCCAAUUACGCUUCACAUAUGAACAAGAAAGCCACCCGGAAGAGUUCUUCAUUCCUUACGUCUGGCAGUUGCUAAUCUCUCGCAGUGGUUUCAGGUUUAAUCCAAAUCAUGGAUCUAGUCAUGAUACCAAGAUAGAUGCUCUUUGGCUGCACACAUAGUAGCAACAACAUCCCAACAGGGGACAUAAGUUUCUAUUUCAGAAGCAACCAAGGAAAAUGACAACCAUCGCUCUUUUUGUCCACCAAAACUAGAUGGAUGAUCUGUUAUACAAGUGAACACGAAAGGUGCUUUCCCAUGGAAACGUGAUUGGCACACAUCACAUAUAUGAAAGGACAACUUGGAUGGCAUGGCAGAAUUGAGACCUAUUGUGUGAUUAUAUAACAAAGUAAAUGAUGGGCAUGAUAAAUUUAUGUAUUUUAGUAAAUUUAGUAAUACUGGAGCAGUCAAGAGCAACCAGAAAUCUGGA